AUGGGCUUUAUCAAUGGUCAUUACAAAGCACCAGAUGAAAACUCUGCUGAUUAUGAGCAGUGGAAUUGUUGUAAUGACAUGGUGACUGCCUGGUUGUUGAAUUCCUUGUCCAAAGAGAUUAAAGACAGUGUCAUUUUUUCAAAGACUGCCAAAGGACUCUGGGAUAGUCUUGAACAUAGGUUUGGAAAGUCAAAUGGAGCAAAACUUUUCCACCUGCAGAAGGAACUGAGCUUAUUAGUUCAAGGUUCUACUGAUGUCUCAAGUUACUUCACAAAGAUCAAGAGAAUAUGGGAUGAUUUGGAUUCUCUAAACUCGGAUAUAGUAUGCACUUGCAACUGCACAUGUGAUGGAAAGAGGAAGUUGUCAAAAUCAUUUAAGGAUCAGAGAUUAAUUCAAUUUUUGAUGGGUCUUAAUGAUGUCUAUGCUCAGGCAAGAGGAAACAUCGUGAUGAUGAAUCCUUUUCCUGAGAUGGAUUAUGCUUAUUCCCUCCUUUUGCAAGAUGAAAAUCAGAGAGAAAUUUAUGCCAAUACUUAG